AUGAAGUGCACAGGACGAUUCGUCGUGGCGACGCUGCUCUCGUUGUUGGUCAGUGGCACCGCGGCCGGCGGCGCUGAGUUUCUCGACGACGUCAGGAGAGAUUUCGGAUUGGGGCUGUUCCCGAGGCAGGCCUCGACGAAUCUUCAGCGGAGCUUUGGGCGGUGCUUCAGCUUCACCAGUGAGUAG